AGGCGCCUCUUCACCGCUCAGAAAUGAUGUGGACGGAUUAGAAGUGGACGUGUUUGUUCUCUCUCUCCUCUCUCCCUCUCUCUCUCUCCGUGCUUCUGUUCUUGUUUUCGAUUCAAUGUAUCGCGUAAUUACAUAAGCGACGCACCGAAGAUGUCGAGAAAUGGGAGUUAACUAGUGUAUUUGUAGAUCUGACCGACCGACUCUCUUCGUUUUAACUGGGAACGUUAAUCUUACAUCGGUUCACAUAGGCUAGGCAAGCUAACGUUAGCUAGCUCGCUAACCUAGCUCACUGAAGUUGGCCAGAUAUGCCUCUCCAGGUCGGUGUAGUAGCUCGUUCGUCGUCGAGAAUGGACUGAUACCGUCGCAGAAGCUCGUUUUAGUACAUAUUGGUAAAAUGCAGCCGUCUGAGUGUGGCGUACAAAGCUGAUUUUGUUAUCUGGACAAAGCUAGCUACAAGCAAAGUAAAGCAGCCGUGCCUCUCGCAGCCAGCUAGCGAACAGGCUAACAGCUGAUACAUCGCGAAGUUAGAAGCUCUUGGUAGCCAGCUCGACAUUUGCCGCUAUGGAUUUCAGCAGCGUCCUGUCCAUGGCUUCCCAAAAGCAGGGCCAUAGCAGCACAGCGAAGAGGUAUAGCUUGAAACCUGGUCCUCCAAAAAAAGACCCCAAAAUAAAAGGGGUCAGUUCAGCUGCAGUACAGGCUUUCUUGAAGAAGCAGGAAACUGAGCAAAAAAAGAAAGAUCUGGAGAAAAAAAAGCAGAAAGACGAUCUUCUGGCUAAAAGGGUCGAACUGAAGUCUGACAGAAAGGCGCGUGCCAUGGCAUCUCGCACCAAGGACAACUUUAGGGGCUACAAUGGCAUACCUGUUGUAGAGCAACCCAAGAAAAGGCGGUCUAAGGGAGAAAUGGUUGAUGAAGGGCAGGAUAAUACAGAUGUUUAUGAUGAUGACGACAAUUAUGAGUAUGAAGCAACUGAUUCUGAAUCUGAGCCAGAACCAGUGGCAGUAAGGCCUCAGGCCCGCAGUGAUGGGUCAAGCAAAAUGAGCAACGCACAGAGGAAACCCAGUGCUCCAGCUAAAAGUGCUCGACCGCCCAUGAACUUUGCAGACCUUUUAAAGCUUGCUGAGAAAAAACAGUUUGAACCUGUUGAAUUAAAAUCUACAGUCAAGAAAACUGAAGACAGGCUUCGCACAGCAGAUGAAAUUAGGGAGUUAGAACUUGAGCGAAAAGUUAAGAAACAAGAUAAAGGGAGAGAUAGUAAAGGAGAAAAAACUUCAGGGCAAAAAGAUAGCAAGUCCACCUCAAAUUCUCACAAGAAGCAUGUGACUGACAGGGACAGUAGGGAAAGCAAAUCACACAAGUCUUCAAGUGAAAAAACCCCCAGUGGAAAUAGCAAAAUGCCAAAGCAGCAUACGCCAAGUGAGCGGCCGCACAGUUCUGCCAAGAUAUCUCAUGGAAACGGGUCCAAACCUGGCUCAAGCUCCUCAGGUGCCUUAAGUGGUAAAUCUACCAUGAAGAGUGGUUCCCCAGCCUCAGUCAAGCAUGCAGUAACCAGGCCGCAGACAGGCCAAAAGCCCACCACCUCAAGUGUCCUUACCUUGAAGAAGGGGUAUCCUGGAUUACCUCAAGAAAAAUCAAGUAGUUCUGGGAACCGACCUGGAUCAAACCCGUUUAGACUGCCGGGCCAAGGGCAAGGGAUCAAAGGAUCUGGACAGGUCAGACCUGGACAGAGUAUCUCAAGCAAGGGAGGACCGCCUCAGAAGCCUGGAAAAGAAGUGUCGCGAUCUGGAGGCAUCCCUGCUCCUCGACCAGGUGGCAAUGGAACUAUGAGAUCUGCACCUGGUAACUCCUCAAAGCAAGCAGACACACAGCAGCCGAGAGCUGGAGGUAGUUUGCAAGGCCGUCCUGUGCCUGGAGGAGGAAGACCCUCUGCAAAUGGAUCUAGUAGGCCCGGUGGCGGCAUGCCCGCACGACCACUAAACAGCAUGGGCUCGGGUCCUGGAAGACCCCAGUGCACUGUUGUGUCAGAGACGAUUUCAUCUAAGAACUUUGCACCCAAACCAGGAAUGGCUCCAAGGCCUUCAGUUCCCCAAGGCCCCAAAACAAUAAUAGGACCAACUGGCCAUAGAAUUUUGUUUAGACCACCUGGACCACUGCUGCCGCCGAUAACAUCUAGCUACAAACGUAAGUAUGAAGACGAAGAAGAUUAUGACCCAGAGAUGGAUGACUUCAUUGAUGAUGAAGGAGAAGAGCAAGAUGAAAUUUCAAAGCACAUCAGGGAAAUCUUUGGCUAUGAUAGGACCAAAUAUAAAGAUGAGAGUGACUAUGCAUUGAAGUUUAUGGAAAGCAGUUGGAAAGAACAGCAGAAGGAGGAGGCCAGAAGCCUGCGAUUGGCUGUGCUUGAGGAUCAGGAGGAAGAACGACGAGAGCUGGAAGAAGUGAAACAGAAAGAGGCCAAACGGAGAAAAAUGACAUGAUUUGUUCGGAGGGGGAAAAAAAACCUGACAUGCGAGUCAAAGUGGACGCUUAAACGCAAACACCAGUGUGUACCUUAAUACUUUGUUUUUUCUCUGCUUCAGUUUACGCUUGGGUAUCCAGGAGGACGAAGAAGACAUACGUAUGGAGGAAGAGGAGAUGAAAAGAAAACAAGCAAUGAAAGCAAAACGGAGAAAGACUUGAUGCAUGAUUUUGAACUGACUGCCGUGGGCUGAAGUCAGGUGCAUCGGGUUUGAAACUCCCUUGUGCCACUGUGCAAUUAAUGUUACGUUAUUUAUUUCAAAUAGCCAAAAUAGGGGAGCAGUUUUGCACUAUCAGGAGUCCAUCUCUCAUAGCUGAGCUGUAGAGAAAGUAAUAUAUAAUUACUAACAUUUUUAUAUCAGUAAGAACGGAAUUACGUGGUUGCCUUAGAGCACAAGCAACAACUGCUUCAUCAUUUGUUCAGGAUUUCACAUGAACUGGGAGUCUUAUUUUACUACUUGUACUAUUUAAUUGAUGACCGAAAUGAGAAACUGCAAAUUUUGCAAUGUAUUUUGUUUUUUCUUGUUAAAGUGAUUUGACAGAA